AUGAAUUGUCUCAUCGUUUGCGUUGCGAUUCUCGCUGCUGUCGCGGCAUUCCCAAGAGGCGCGAAACUCGGCGAGCGCGUUGAACUCGAUUUAUCCAGUGAGAAAGUUAAAGGAUUCACGAGAGUGUUCGAGGAUGGAAAGACGCAGACGUGGAAUCUUGACGGACCAAAUAAGGGACAUUGGGUUGACGAGAAAGAAAAAAAAAUCGACUCGUCCAACUUUGAAUUCAAAGCGCCAGGAACAUUGAUCAUCAAGAAGGUCACAAAAGCCGACGCUGCUCAAUAUGACUACAUCGCGGUUCCAGUGAAGUUCGACCUUCCACCAGGAGUUCAUGUCGAUCCCGGAAUGCCAACUUCUGUUGAUCUUCUGAUCCAUUAA